AUGAGCCAACCGCAAGGAAAAAUUGAUUUGAAGCUGGCAGACCAAGUGGUUAAAAUGGAGGAACAGAUUGCGACUGAAGUGGAAAGAAGGUUAAAGAAGAUGAAUAUUGGUGAACAGAAAGUAGCACAGGAAGAAACUAGGAGCAACCUGAGGAAUACAGGGGCCUCUAUCAAAAAUCUGGAAAUCCAAAUGAGUCAGAUUGCACAACAAAUGACUAACUCUCAACAACAGGGUGCUCUACCUAGUGCUACGGUUACGAAUCCCAGAGACAAUAAUCAUGUGAACGCUAUGACUACCAGAAGCAGUAAAUCCAAUGACAAACCUGAGAAGAAUUCUGAUGAAGAAGAUAUGUUGAUUGAGGUGGAUGUAGAGAUUAAAGAAAAUGAGGUUGUAAGUCAAGAGGCCACGGGAGAUGAAAGAGUGGUAAAAGAAAAAACAGUUACACCUAAACCGGCGGUUAAGCUUCCUUUCCCCACAAGAAAUAAGAAGAAAGAACAACAUGAGAAGAAUUUCGAGAAGUUCCUGGAAAUGUUCAAGAAACUUGAGCUGAACAUUCCCUUCUUAGAGGCACUUGAGCAAAUGCCAACCUAUGCAAAAUUCAUGAAGGAUAUUAUUUCAAAGAAGCGGAUCAUCGAGAGUGAUCCGAUUAUUCUAACUGAAACUUGUAGUGCUAUUUUGCAGGGCAUGAAGAUUCUGGUUAAAAAGAAAGAUCGAGGUUCAGUAACUAUUCCAUGCACCAUCGGUGAUAGGUCUUUCAAGAAAGCUCUAAUUGAUUUAGGAGCAAGUGUAAGUCUUAUGCCAUUAUCCAUCUACAAAAGAUUGGGAAUAGGUAAAGUACAAGAUACACGAAUGACACUUCAGUUUGCUGACCAAUCGGUGAAAAGACCUUACGGAGUGGUAGAAGAUGUGUUGGUGAAAAUCGACAAGUUCGUGUUCCCUGUAGAUUUUGUUAUUCUAGAGAUGCCCGAAGAUGAAGAGAUACCAAUCAUAUUGGGGAGACCAUUUUUAGAGACCGGGAGAUGCUUGAUCGACAUAGAGGAAGGUACUAUGACCUUGAAAGUUUAUGAUGAGGAACUAAAGAUUGAUGUGCGAAACACCAUGAAGUACAAAGAUGACAUUGCCACAAGUCAACACAUUGAGGUAAUUGAUCAAAUUUGUGAUGAAGGAAAUUCUUUGACAACACAAAAGUUACCGUUGGAGAGAGUUUUGAGUUUAUCAAUCUUUAGAGAAGAGGAGAUAGUUGAUGAAAAAUAUAGUGAAGUUUUAGCCAUGAUGGAAACAACAUCAUUUGUCAAAAAUUCUCGCCACAACCGAUAG